AUGACUCAAAAGAUUUCACCACCACAAGCAGUGCAAAAUUCUGAAGCCAACGAAAAGACAGUGAAUGCAGAAGUGAAUAGUGAAAGGUCGACAACUUCUGGCUCUUCAAAGACUGACGAGAAACAAUAUAAGGAAUCGAAUAUUUAUUACGAAACUCCAACAUUCUUACUGAAAGAAACACAUUCAGAAAAACAUUCACCAAUUUAUAAGAAGGUCAGAGUGAGAUUAAUUCCAAUUCUGAACACAAUCUUCUUUAUUGGUUUGGUAAUUAUGAAUAUUCUGUCAAGUGCUGGAAAUAUCAUUAAUGGCAUCAAGACAUCUGACAUUUCUACUGAAUAUUUCACACCAUUCACACCAAAAGGAUGGGCAUUCUCCAUCUGGGGUCUCAUCUACACCUUCGUAGCAGCCGUAGUCGUCAUUAACUUUAUCCAAAGUUUACUUUUCGGUCGAGAUAAUAUUUUAAUCAACCACAAAAUGACAAUUUUCCUUCCUUUGAAUUUUUUAUUGAAUAUUAUUUGGUUCUUUCCAUUUCAUUUUAGUGCGAGAGGAAAUUAUGGAUCUCAAUGGGCUGCAGUUGUGUUCAUUGCCUUAAUGUUACUGACCUUGGCAAUCAUGUACGUACGUGUCAAUGUAAAUUAUUUGGAACCUCAAAAGAGUGAAUUAUAUACGAAGGGAAAGUUGUGGAAUCAUGCCGAAUGUAAUUUGUGGGAAUAUUGGAUUAUUCAACCAAUGAUUAGUAUUUAUAUGGGUUGGUUGACUGUUGCCACAACUUUGAAUAUUACCAUUGCCAUUACUUACACAUGGCCUUCUACUGAUAAGAUUCUCCUUGGAAUGUCCUAUUCGAAUUGGGCUUGUUUACUCUUGGCAAUCGUCUUGAUUAUUGGAAUGAUCUUUUUGUGGUGGAGAAGAGAUGCUCCGUAUACAGCAGUUCUUUCAUGGGCAACUUAUGCUAUUUAUGAUCAACAGAGAAAUGAUCCAAUCAUUGCUGCUUGUUCGAUGGUUGUGGCUUCAGUUCUUGCCUUUUUUAUUAUUUGUACAAUUUUGGUAACUUUGAAAGAAUAUAUUUGGAAAUAUCAUAAGGGAGUCAAGUCAACUGGAAAACAUAUCAAGAAGAGUUUUAGAAAGAGUUUUUCAUUUUUCUUUAAUGGAAAUUGGAAGAAUUGUAUAAAUGACCAAAUUGUGUAA